UACUUCGUUCGAAACGCACGUGCAGUAGAGAAAAGCGGCUCGGUGUGCCUCAGAGUUAGUGUGCUGCCUCGUGAAAAGAGUUCGGGACGUUUCGUUCUUUUGGGUGUAUAAUUUUUACGAAGUGUGCGCGCGUGUCACUGUGAAUAAUAAAAACGUGCUUGUUUCUAGAGUCGUUUAAAAGCUUGAUAGAGAUUGUCAAAGAAAGAUGACAUUGGGCGCACAGAUAGAGACCUCCGCGGAAAAUGGGAGUAUGAAAAUCCCUCUGCUCAAUAGCAGUGAAAGACGAACCAGCACUGAUAUGAAGGAAACUGCGGAGGAAACCGGAAGUACGAGCACAGCCGCGAAGAACGUCGUUGAGAAAGGUGAAGUCGAAGCCACGAAAGAGAAAGGGAACGAGAAAGAAAAAGAGAAAGAGAAGGAAGAAAAGGAAGAAGACAAGAACAAGAAAAAGGAUAAGAGUGAGAAAGAGGAUAAUGAUAAGGAUGCUGGAAGUGAACAAGAAAUCGUUUUCAUUCAAGAUAUGGGAUUCACUGUUAAGAUUGUUAGUCCAGGUGCUGAACCCUUUGAUAUCCAAGUUUCCAGCAUGGAGUUGGUUCAGGAAAUCCACCAGUUACUCAUGGAUCGCGAGGACACCUGUCACCGCACAUGCUUCUCCCUUCAACUCGAUGGUAACACACUGGAUAACUUUGCCGAGUUAAAGAAUAUCGAAGGCCUAAAAGAAGGUUCAGUUAUUAAAGUCGUGGAAGAACCGUACACUAUGCGAGAAGCUCGUAUACAUGUUCGACACGUCCGAGAUUUAUUGAAAUCUGUGGAUCCAGCGGACGCUUACAACGGCGUCGAAUGUAGCAGUUUAUCGUUUCUAAAUGUAGUUACCAAUGGUGAUAUCCUUGAGAAGAAAAAGACCAGAGCAGACUCGGUUGAUUGUACUCCGCCUGAUUAUAUUAUACCUGGCUGUAAAGAUAGACCAUUGUUACCCUUACAACCGCAAGCCAAAGAACAAAAAUGUCCUCCUUGUUUAAAAGUAUUAACAACAUCCGGAUGGAAUCCACCACCCGGUCACAGAAAACUGCACGGUGAUUUAUUAUACUUACACGUGGUAACGUUAGAAGACAAGCAAUAUUAUUUGACCGCGUGUGCCAGAGGUUUCUUCCUCAAUCAAUCGACAAAAGAAGUAUUUAAUCCAAAACCGGCGACUCCGAGUCAUCUGUGUCAUAGUUUAAUUGAAUUACUGAACCAACUCAGUCCGGCUUUCAAACGGGGUUUCGUUGCUAUGCAAAGACGAAGAACGCAGAGACAUCCAUUUGAACGAGUAGCCACACCUUAUCAACUUUAUGCCUGGUGUGCACCUCAAAUUGAACAUACAAUUGAUGCAAUACGCGCUGAAGAUACUUUCUCUUCUAAAUUGGGAUACGAAGAACAUAUACCUGGCCAAACUCGAGAUUGGAACGAGGAGUUGCAAACAACGAGAGAGUUACCUCGUAAAAACUUACCUGAAAGAUUACUUAGAGAACGUGCUAUUUUUAAAGUUCACAGUGAUUUUGUCGCUGCUGCUACUCGAGGUGCAGUAGCCGUAAUAGACGGUAAUGUAAUGGCAAUAAAUCCCGGUGAGGAGGCAAAGAUGCAGAUGUUUAUUUGGAACAAUAUUUUCUUCUCUCUUGGGUUUGAUGUCAGAGAUCAUUAUAAGGAACUCGGCGGCGAUGCUGCUGCUUUCGUUGCGCCUAAGAACGACUUACAAGGUCUUAGAGUAUAUGCUGCCAUUGAUCUACCUGGUCCUUAUACGCUUGGUACUGUUGUAAUCGAUUACAGAGGAUAUCGUGUCACCGCUCAGUCAAUCAUCCCUGGAAUCUUGGAACGCGAGCAGGAGCAAUCUGUUGUUUACGGUUCUAUAGAUUUUGGGAAAACGGUUCUUUCGCAUCCAAAGUAUCUUGAAUUGUUGAAUAAAACUGGUCAGCUAUUAAAAAUUCUUCCUCACAAAGUUAUUAACGAUGCUGGGGAGGAGGUUGAACUUUGCAGCAGUGUAGAAUGCAAAGGUAUAAUUGGGAAUGAUUCUCGACAUUAUGUGUUGGAUUUAUUACGAACUUUUCCUCCUGAUGUUAAUUUCCUCAAAUUGGAAGGAGUUGAACUGAGCAAAGAAGCUAGAGCUUUAGGUUUUCCAAUUGAGCACAAGCAUAAACUAGCUUGCCUUCGUCAGGAAUUGAUCGACUCCUUUGUUGAAGCUAGAUAUGUGCAAUUUAUUAAACAUGCUGCUUUUCAUUUGCAGCAACUUACAUCUGCAAGAAGAGUGCAGAAGGAAAAUGAAACUACUGUUAAGGAAGGUAAAAGAGAAGAAUUAAAUGCUGUUACAGUGGAUAGUAACAAGGAAGAUUCUACUCAUACUUUGAUAGAAACAGAUGAAGCCAAAAAGAUUGUGGAAAGUAUUACUGAUUCUAUCACUGGCGGAGAGAAGCAAGAAUUGGAAGAAAGUACAAAAGAAAUAGUUCGAAGGGCUGCAGCAGCAGUUGGUAGCUUACGAGAAGCAGAAUUUGACGUCAGAUUUAAUCCGGAUGUAUUUUCACCGGGUGUUAAACAUCCAGAUCCAAAUGGUCCUGCUUUAAAAAAACAAAAACAAUUGGUGCAAGAUGCCGCAGACUUUUUACUUACCGUACAAAUACCUACUUUUAUUCGAGAAUGUUUAGAUCAUACAGCUGCCGCAAUGGAUGGUAGUAUAUUAGUGGAAGCUUUACACGGCAAAGGUAUUAACGUACGAUAUCUUGGUAAAUUAGCAGCUAUGUUAUCUACUGUUCCACAACUACAAUAUCUGAAACGUAUUGCUGUUUCGGAACUUAUUUUACGAUCAGCGAAACACAUUUUUACAUUUUACAUGCAGGGUACAGAACUAAUGAGUCUUUCCGCAGCUAUUAGUCAUUUCUUAAAUUGUUUAUUUUCUUCUGCACAAAUUAUUCAUCCGCAACAAAAUCUGGAAGAGCUUCAAAGUAAAACUGCCAAACGGCGUAAUAAAAGAAAAGGUAGAAAUAAUGGUCCACAACAGUCCGAAGUGGAAUGGGCUUCCUUAACGCCUAAAUCUCUUUGGCAACAAAUUAAAGCAGAUCUAAAGAGUUAUUACGAUUGGGAGACACCGUGUCCGGAAUCGUUAGAUGCCACUAUAGAACAUUUUCACCUUCAAAAAAUUUCUUUGCUUCGUAAUUUCUGCAUAAAGACUGGCAUUCAAAUUUUGUUACGGGAAUAUAACUUUGAGAAUAAGAACAGAGCUACGUUUUUCGAAGAAGAUAUACUAAAUAUAUUCCCUGUUGUAAAGCAUAUCAAUCCUAGAGCUAGCGACGCAUAUAAUUUCUAUACAACUGGACAAAGCAAAAUUCAACAAGGUUAUUUGAAAGAUGGAUAUGAACUUAUUAGCGAAGCACUCAAUUUAUUGAAUAAUGUAUAUGGUGCAAUGCAUCCCGAAAUUGCACAAUGCCUUAGAAUGCUUGCGCGAUUGAAUUAUAUAAUGGGUGACCAUGCGGAAGCUCUUGCUACCCAACAAAAAGCAGUCCUUAUGUCAGAAAGAGUUAACGGUAUAGAUCAUCCAUAUACUAUUACUGAAUAUAUUCGUCUAGCUCUAUAUUCUUUUGCCAAUGGUCAAGUCUCUGUAUCGCUUAGGUUACUGUACAGAGCACGUUAUUUAGCGUUAUUGGUUUGUGGUGAAGAUCAUCCGGAAGUAGCACUUCUUGACAGCAAUAUUUCGCUGAUUCUCCAUGCUGUUGGAGAAUAUGAAUUAUCGCUUCGAUUUUUGGAGCAUGCUUUGGCCCUAAAUCUUCGAUAUCAUGGGCCACGAUCUUUGAAAGUUGCUGUUUCUUAUCAUCUAGUCGCGAGAACUCAAUCUUGUAUGGGUGAUUUUCGAGCAGCUUUAAAUAACGAGAAGGAAACUUAUGCUAUUUAUAAGCAACAGUUAGGUGAAGACCAUGAAAAAACCAAAGAAAGUAGCGACUGUUUGAGACAUUUAACGCAACAGGCUGUGGUACUACAGAAAAAGAUGAAUGAAAUUUACACUGGAAAAUCUGGUGUUAGCUUACCACCGAUUCAAGUCCAACCGCCUAGUAUGGGAUCUGUACUUGAUAUGUUGAAUGUGAUUAAUGGUAUUUUAUUCGUCCAAAUCAGCCAACAGGAUAUUGAGAAUUUCAAGGCGGAAAUAGAGAAACGACAGAAAGAACAAACACCUGACAGAGAAACGAAGGUACUUCAGAACGGAAACAAGAAAAACGAAAAUAAGAAAGAAGAGAAAGAAAAUAAGAAAGAGGAAAAAGAAAAUAAAAAGAAUGAAAAAGAGAGCAAAAGAGAAGAGAAAGAGAAUAAAAAAGACGAAAAAGAGAAUAAGAAGAUAGAAAAGAAGGUGGAAGUACAGAAAGAGUUGAAAAAAUUGGAGGAAAGUAAGACAAUGUUAGAAUCAGUAGUAGCAGAGAGCUGAGCUUGUUUUAAACCGCUGAUGAUACUUAGUAGUUUUUUUUUGAAUCCUAGUCUUUCCCUGCCCGCGUUUUUAAGAGUAACGCGAGUACGGUAUAUAUAAAUGAUUGGGAUAAAAUGAAAAUGACAAGUGUUUGUUCGAGAUAAAGAUCGUUAUUUAAUGUAUCGUACAUACAUUUAUAAAGUGCUACCAAAAUCGAACUUUUAUAGUGGUGGCGAUCAACAACAGCAUAGCUGAAACUUUUCGAAAGAGCUAGAUUUCCUAAUGCUCGCGAUGCUCAAGUACAAUACGUCAAGCUACAAAAUUUAUUUGACUGAAUUGAUUCUCUAUUUAUGUAAAUAAUUCUGAAUGAAAAAAAUUCAUUGCCUUAGCGCGUAUGCUUGUCACAAAUUUUACUCGUGAUUGGAUUUACGAACUUAAUCGAACAGAGAGAAAGUAUUUUUUGGUAAAAUCAUAAACAACAAUUUAUGUCGCCUAAUAUUAUCGUGUUUUUUCUAAAAACUCAAUUCUAUUUCAUAACGAUAAUAACUAUGGAUUUUGCAUACGUUAUACUUCUAUUAAUCGACGAAACAAUAAAUUAGUAUUUGUUCCAGCAUAUUGCACAAUUGAUGCCGGAACUCAAAUGGAACGUAUUGUAUCAGUGAAAUUAAAAUGCUACGGCAAUUAUCUAUAAAACGAAUAAUGGACUUUAUUAUCGUAGAUUAUAAGUCAAUUGUUUUUUUUUUCUACACUUUUGAUAGGCUCUUUUAUUAAUACAUAUUCAAAAUCAUUGUUUUGUGCCAUUUAAGCAUCGCUGUCACUUCCCCAUUUUAGUUGCCAUCAAUACAUAUUGAAGUCAUAUGUGUAAUUGUUUUUCAUUUUUAGAUACUAUUAAUCUGAGGUUAAUCUUGUUGAAUUCGAUACAAAUAUUUAUAGGUAAAACUGAAAUUACAUGGAAAUCAAUAAUGAACAAAAUUUGUAUUGUAUUCAACAAGACAAAUUCAUACAGUUGUGUUCAUUUUUAUACUGUAUACAUCACGUAAAAAGCUUUUCUCCAUCUUUUUAUCACCGUUGUUUUAUCGUCACCCUAUGUGAGGAUUUGAAUCUGAAAAUAAUUUUAUAUUUAAGAGAAUUUCCAGCGAGAAAGAAAACAAUAAUUAGUGGUGGCAGGAAAAGCAUGGUAUAACAAGUGUGCUUUUACACUUCAUGAUCAUUAAGAAUGGUUAUCAAAAAUGACUCAUUAAUCAAUAUAUUAUAGAAGUAGCGUCAAUUUCCUAAUUACUAUUAGAAAUACUGCAGUUAGUUCUAGAAUUAUAAAUAUUGAAAAUCAUCUGUUACUGAUUUAUUGAUCUUUAUCAAACAAUAUUCGUUAUAAAACGAACAUUAAACAUAUUGAAAUUUUAUUAUAUUAUCACACAAGAACUAGGUUGAGAAAUGAUAUCGAUAAUCUGUUGACGCUUAUUUUAAAUAAAAAAAAUUAUUUUGUGGUUUAAGUUUGUUUAUAAUAAUGAUAAUGAUAGUAACAUAAUAUGAAUAUGAAUAUGAUAAUAAUGAAAGACGAAUAAGUAAAAAGUUUUUAAUAGUUUCUGUUUAAAGUUUGUAUACUUUAUAACAUGGAUAUUAUACUGCACUUGUUAGUCAAACUGUACGAUAAAGAAUACUAGUUAGUAAGGAUUAUUCAUUAUAAAUAAAGUUGAAUACUUGGUAUAUA